UCUCUCUCUCCCCUCUCUCUCCGCCGUGCCGUGCCGUGCCGCGCCGCGCCGCGCCGGAGGAAGUCGCGCGUUUUACCGAGCGCGGCCGAGUGCAGAGUUCCCGGGCGCCGCUGAACUGGAGUCGGGACUGUCGGGAGUCCGUCCGGCGGAGCGGAGCGGAGCGGAGCGCAACGAGCGCGCGUUCGCGAGCGGCGGAUUACGUCGUCGGUUAGGUGCACGCAGCACGGAUAGUAACGCGACGGACGCGAUGCUGACAGUACGCGCGCUUACAUAAUUAUCCACCGUCGUCGGUGCGCAUUAGCGGCGCGUAAAGCGACGCGAAAGAGAGAAGAGGAAGAGAGAGAGAGAGAAAGAGAGCGAGAGCGUGAGCGUCGUCCCCUCACGGCGGUGGUUGUCCGUUUGCUCGCGCUCCUCUUCGAUUUUACUCCGUUUCGUGAUCACUCGGGUCUGGCAUCAAUACAUAUAUUGCACAUUUAUUUUCUAUUUAUUUUGAGACUGCUUAGAGAGAAAGCGAGAGAAAGCGAGAGAGAGAGAGAGAGAAAGAUGAGAGCAUUCGAGGGCGCAGACUGGCCUACGAGCGUAGCGGCGUUGUCGUACGGGGAAGACGUAGUAAUGAAUUUGUUUAUAUUUUUUGUAUUUGCCGAUGAUCCUCCCGUCGAUGGUCGUUUCACUGGACGGUACCAGUUGGAGUAUACAACAGCAACCGCAACACCAACUGCUGGUAGUGGACUCGGUCGCGCAGCAGCAACAGCAACCGCAACAGAUCGUCGCGUUGAAUCAGAUCGUCGCACCAAAUCAGAUUUCGUCAUCGGGAGGUGAUCCACAGCAACAGUGCCACAAAAUGACUGACCAGCGAGACCAGCAACAGCAGCAACAGCCGCAGUCCCAGUUUCAGCAACAGCAGCAACAACAACAGAUCAAAGGCAAUGAAGAACCAAGAACAAAUCUGAUUAUUAAUUACCUUCCGCAAAACAUGAAUGAGAAGGAGUUGUACAGUCUAUUUGUCACGAUUGGUCCGGUCGAAUCCUGUCGAGUCAUGAAGGAUUACAAGACUGGGUACAGCUAUGGCUUUGGUUUUGUCAACUAUGCCAAAGCUGAGGACGCGGCGACGGCGAUAAGCACAUUAAAUGGUCUUCAAGUGCAAAAUAAGCGUCUGAAGGUCUCGUUCGCUCGGCCUUCUGGAGAAGAAAUUAAAGAAACGAAUCUUUACGUUACAAAUUUACCAAGAAAUAUAACGGAAAGCCAAAUCGACGAACUCUUCAGUAAAUUCGGCAAUAUUGUGCAGAAGAAUAUAUUGAGGGAUAAACUGACCGGUUUACCGAGAGGAGUAGCGUUCGUUAGAUUCGAUAAGAGGGAGGAAGCCCAGGAGGCUAUCGCACAACUUCACGGUACAAUACCGGAUGGUGGAUCAGAGCCGCUUAGCGUAAAAAUCGCGGAGGAACACGGCAAACAAAAAGCGGCGUAUUAUGCGGGCUGGCAGGCGGGAUACAAUCAAAGCCGCGGAGGAAGCGGACUCGGAGCCGGCGGUGGCGGCAGCGGACGGGCUCGGGGCAUCGGGGGUCCUGGAAUGGGCAUGGGUGUUGGCGGCGGUGGUCCGGGAAUGUUGAGCCGGGCUGGUGGUUUUGGGCCGCGUGGUGGUGGGCCCCAUAGCGGCAGCUUCCUGGGAGGCGGCGGCGGCGGCGGCGGCGGUGGAGGCGGCGGUAGCGGCGGUUACGUGCAGUCGCACUUCUGGUGACCAUCGCGAUGUGACAACGACGACGACAAUGACGAUAACGAUAACGAUAACAAUGACGAUGACAAUGACGACCGUAAUGGAGAUACGCUUACAUUCGCUGCAACACUGAUCGCUGGCUGAAACCCUCUCUACUCAUCUCGUUCGAAAUAAAGUUCGCGAGUUUGAUUGCUCGUAGCGUAGCUGAGAGCUAGAGGUAGGUCAGAUAGAACCAGGGUAGACCAGUUUCCUAUUUACAAGAUGAUAUUGCACGAGAAGAUAACUCGGUGUGUUAAUACCAGUGUCUAUAAGAGUUUUAUGAAUGGAGAAAAGAAAUAUUACGUUUUGAAAGAAAUGUUUUAUCGUUUGUUAAUGCAUGUUAUUGAAGAAUGUUGUUUAGCAUUUUAAAAUAUGCCGUGCAUAUUUUAUUAUUAAUAAUAUUUUUAUCGGUAUUGGUAUUAAGAAUGAGUUACAUUUUCGUGGACCAUUUUGUAUUUUCGCGAUAACCGCGGAAAAAACUGGAUAGCGAGAGAGGACUCGAGACUGUCAUUAAUCUUCAAUUUCAUCAACUGCACACGUUGGAUCUAUUCGAAAACAAUUCCGAUCGAAAUUGACUUUCUAUUUGAUUACAAGAUACAGUUCGGAAAUCUUUAUUAUUUCGGAUACUAGCCAUAACAGGAUAACCGAGAAAGAGUUCGAUCGGAAUCGUUUUCGAAUAAAUUCCUAUUAUCUCUGACAGGUGUCCUGCUAUCCGUUCAGCUGUCUACCUGGUUUUAUUUUUUUUAUCCAGUGCACGAUCGUGAAGCUCUUGAGGAGAUUUAUAUUGUCUAACGUUACAAAUUAUAACAGCCUUUUUUCCUAA